UGCAACGGAGAGAUGUGCAUAAAAAUAUAGAUGUAGAUAAAGAUAACAUCUAGGAUCAAACCGAAAAAGAUCUGUUUUUAACGAAGGACAUGGACGCUGCAGCUGCCUGAGAACAACACCGGGCUAGUCAAAGCAGAUUUCUCAUCUCUUUUCCUGAUGUUGCAGAGGAAUAACAAAGCCCCUCUACACCUUUUUCUGAAUGCAGGGUCACAGGCUGCAUAGAGAAGAGGGUUAAGACAGGAGUUCAGGUCGGUCCAGGUAUGCCCAGAGUACAAGUCCGUUGCCGAGACAACCAAUGAAAAAUGCCAGCAGGUACACAGCCGGGAUGAUGGAAAAAGAUGGGGUCCAUUCGCUAUAGUCACAAUGAGGAAAGGAUGGAAGAGGAGUGGGGGCAGAGAGGUUUUGGAAGCUCAGCAAAGCCGGGCCUGGUUAAUAAUUGGAUGGAAGACUGUUGGGAAUACCAGGUGCUUCAGUGGGACAGCAGUAGAUGUUGUUGAGUCCUUAGGCAAGACACCUCACCGACAUUGCCUAGUGGGAGCAGAGGUGCAGGUGAAGUUGUUGCCAGAAUGCAAGCAGUUCCUGUACAUGGGGACUCUGCCUCGUGGACUUGAAGAUCAACCAUUUAAGAUGAUAUGUCAGUACUACAGUGGACGGCCAAGAUUCUUUACCUUGUAUGACACCUUCAGUCAUAUUCCUGUGUAUUCUGCGUAUACGUUCAAACGCUCGGAUGGAACCAAGAAAGUAGAUGUGCCCUGGAUGUAUGAACCUCAGCUCGCCCUCUCAACAGGCUCUCGGGACAUGCAGCCCUUCCCACCUGAAGCCAUGCACAAGAGUUUUGAGGACACCCAGGCUGUCCUGGACGACUACUCUGACAGCAUCUACUACGAGAGAGGUCAGCUGAACCCGGAUGAGCAUCAGGCUGAACCAGAAGACAAGGCAGCCACUUACACUUUAACCAACGUGGUCCCUCAAAUCCGCGAGUUCAACAUUGGGCCAUGGAAAGAGCAUGAACACACUGUACGAAGACGACUUAACAAUUACUGUCGUGGUACUGCCUAUGUAGUUACUGGGGUGACCACUGCCGGGCAUAUGAUCCGACGUCAAAAUAUUAAUCGAGUAGGUAUACCGAGAUAUCUGUGGUCAGCUUACUGUUGUACCAAUUAUGAUCACAAUGCACCAUUUGAUGAGCGCUCAAAGUUCCCAGCUUUUGCAUCGCACGGUUUGAAUGACAGGGAGGAUAAUAAAGUACAGGAGAUGUCAGUGACACAGCUAGAGGAGUUUCUGAAGCGCGUAACUUAUGUUGGGAGCACUUUUCAAAUAUUCUAUGACAACUGUGCUCUGCCAAAUAAUGUGUAAUGAGAAAACUGCAUAGCAUAACUUUAUGGCCACUUAAAGGUUGAUAUAUUUUUAACAUUAUUAUAUUAAACAUACACGCAAAAGGGACUCAUGUUGGGUGCAAAACAUUUAAAUGUCCAUAAAGGUGCACUAUGAUUUGCAUGGAAUUCCUCACAUUAUGGCAUUAAAUUUACUUAAACUUACAUGGAGACCAGUAGGCAUAUUUUUGCAAGUAUUUUUGAGCAGUGAAAACACACAAUUGAAUAGCUGCAAAAUAAAUGUUUAAUGGGGGAAUAUUCAAGGCAUAGCAAUAACAUUAACAACUCCAUGAUGGCAGACCCCUUCCAACUAGAAAAGCUACUUAGUGCAAAUGUGUUGAAAAUAAAUUAAGUAGAAAAAAUGUGUCAAGAUUUAAGCAAGAUCGAAAAUUAUCAUUAAUCUUUCUGGUCAUGUCAGAAUAAACAAAAUGGAUUUCUCUGUUUGAGGGGAAACACAUAGAAGUGGUUAUAAUGUUAUACUUGAAAACAUUUAGUGUUAGCUUUCAAAUGAUCAUCCAUGAUUAAUUUCCCUUUAAAGCAUAGAUAAGAAAAUAGUUCCAAGUGCAAUAAACCUACCAUAAUUCCAGAAAUGUCCAUGUUAAGAAAUAAAUGCAAU